UGCUUGCUUGAUCGCUCCAUAUUGAACAACGACCAAAAAAAAAAGGGGGGGAAGAAGGGAGGGUGGAAAUGUUGCUCGUGCACUUCAGAUGCCAGAUCCGUUCCCCUGGAUGAAGAGAAAGGAAAGGAAGAAAAGGCGGCGGUGGCGGGGGUGGGUGGGGGACCCCGAACACUUCAAUAAUUGCAAAAGGGAGCUGCUGGCGGGGGUGCGGAGGAAGGAAGCAGAAAAAUACCUCCCUCCCAAGUGAGGCAGCUGUUCCUGAACCUAAGACUUUGCAAGCGCGUGGAGCCAUGAUUGCUGGGUUGUGGGCUGUGUGCCGCCAAGGCGACGUUUUGUGCGUGUGUGCGUGAGUCUAGCGUGUGUGCAUGCGUGUGUGUGUGUGUGUGUGAGUGUGUGUGUUUGUGUGUAUGACUAGCAACCGCGUCUGCUUCAGCUCAAGCAAUGCCGCCGAUCUCCCGUUUGCAAAUAACAAUGUGGCAUUUUUGUCCUGCGGGGAGGCUCCGGAGUCCCCUUCUUUUUUUCCCUCCGCGGUCCUAGCAAGAUUGUUGUCUCUGAAAGGCGAAUCGGAGAGAGAGAGAGAGAGAGAGAGAGAGCUGGGGAGGGAAGGGGGGGGAGAGGAGGGAGAGAAACAAACCCGGAGAUUAUAAAAGAAGGAAGAAAAGGACGAGGAGUGACUGCGUGUUUGGAAACAACAACAUCACCAUCACCCCCAACGACAACAAACAGGAGGGUAGUAGGAGGAAACCAGCUCAGAAGAAACUUAUGGAAGAAUGAAGGAGAUGGUGGGUGGCUGCUGCGUUUGUUCCGAUGAGCGGGGCUGGGCUGAAAACCCCCUGGUGUACUGUGAUGGGCAUGGCUGUAACGUGGCGGUGCAUCAAGCAUGCUAUGGAAUUGUUCAGGUUCCCACUGGACCGUGGUUUUGUCGAAAAUGUGAAUCCCAAGAAAGAGCCGCCAGGGUGAGGUGCGAGCUGUGUCCCCACAAGGAUGGAGCAUUGAAGCGGACUGAUAAUGGAGGCUGGGCCCAUGUCGUCUGCGCUCUGUACAUCCCUGAGGUGCAAUUUGCUAAUGUUCUCACCAUGGAGCCAAUCGUCCUCCAGUAUGUACCCCACGACCGGUUCAGCAAGACUUGCUACAUCUGUGAAGAGCAGGGCAGGGAGAGCAAAGCAGCCUCUGGAGCUUGCAUGACUUGCAACCGUCACGGCUGUCGGCAAGCCUUCCAUGUCACCUGUGCUCAGAUGGCUGGGCUCCUGUGUGAAGAAGAAGUCUUGGAAGUCGACAAUGUGAAAUACUGUGGCUACUGCAAGUACCACUUCAAUAAAAUGAAGACAUCGCGCCAUUCCGGAGGUGGCUCUUUCAUUGCGGGAAGAAGGAGCCGGUCGGUGUCACCUACUCAAGAGAAGCAUGUUUCGCACCACGAGAAACCAAAGAAGAGUCGGAAGGACAAGGAAAGGCCUAAACAGAAGCACAAGAAGCAUUCGGAAUCACCCACAAGUCUCACACUGUCCUCCACUCCCAUUGUCACUGAAAAGCAGACUUCCACCAACCACCACGAGAGCAGUAAAGAAACCGCAGAGGUCAUUCGGUCGGAAGUGAAAGGCAAGAAGUCUUCAAGCCAUGGCACAAGCCACAAGGCCAAGAAGUCAGGAAGUGGGAAAAGCUCGACGGGUUUUGGCACAUCCUCUUCCAGUGGGACAUUUCCACCUGCAGGUACCUCAUGCAGCUCCUUGCCCUUCUCCCAGGACUUCGUAACCUUCCCAAAGCUGGAGCAGCAGCAGCAACAGCAGCCCGAGGAAGAGAAAUACCGCAAGCCUGUCUCUUCCUCCUCGUCUUCCGCUCAUUGCUCCCCGUUGUACGAAGGGCAGAAAAGCGACGUCUUUGAGCAAAAGGUGAUCUUCUCGGGUUUCGGGUCCAUCAUGCGCUUCUCCACUUCGGCCGUCAGCCAGCAGAGGGGGCACGACGCUUCCCCCGUAGACUACAAGGUCUCCAACUCUAUUGGGGGCACCUCUGGCGGAAGCGGCGGCAGCAGUGGCGGCAGCCACAAGCGGAUGCCGUCCCUCAACGUUGAGGAAGGAGAAGUCCUGAAGGAAAAAAAGCACAAAGCCAGCAAGAAAAGCAAACACGGGCCAGGGAGGCCCAAAGGGAGCAAGAACAAGGAAGUCCCAGGCGCCCAGCUGGUAGGAUCCACAGCUACGUCGUCUUCGCCCUUCUCCGGGGGGUCCCUGGUCAGCUCCAGCAUCGGAGGGUCCUCUCGGUCUUUCAGCCAUGCAGCUGCCCUUCCGAGCCUCAGUAUGGAAUCUCCGCUUCUGGGAUCAGGGAUCUACACAAGCAACAAAGAUCCGAUUUCGCAUGGAGGCGGGGUGCUCCGGACAGUGUGUAGCACUCCUCUCUCCUCCAGCCUCCUGGCUCAUCAAGGCACUUCGUCGCUUCCUCAGCUCACCCGCUCUCCCUUCGCUAGCGCCAUCCCAACCGCCUCUUCUUCCUCCGUCUCCACAACCCAGGUGUUCUCCCUGGCAGGAUCUACGUUCAGUCUCCCUUCCUCGCAUAUUUUUGGAAGCCCCCUCACUUCUGGGCUGUCGGUCAAUCCUCUCUUGAACCAAUCUGAAAGCAACCGGACAGAAGCAGAUUUGGAAGACUGUAAUUUUGUCUGCCGAGGGUCAUCACCACAAGAAAGUCUUUCUUCCAUGUCCCCCAUCAGCAGCCUCCCCACUCUCUUUGACCAGACAGUAUCAACGAGCAGCGGGCAGCUGGAAAACGUUCCCCAGGCUACACCCAACAUUGAGCAGCUCCUGGAGAAACAGGGCAAUGGAGAAGCCGGUGUUAACAUUGUAGAAAUGCUCAAGGCCCUUCAUUCGCUGCAGAAAGAGAACCAGCGCCUCCAGGAGCAGAUCAUGACUUUGGCGGCUAAGAAGGAGCGCCUGCAGCUUCUCAACGUCCAGCUCUCUGUCCCCUUCCCGGUGGUCACCACCAGCAACGGCCCUGCAGGCCAGGCCCAGUACAUCCUGGCCUCCAAUGCGUGCAACAGCGACUCGUUGAGUAUCAGCAAGAGCCCUCCUUGCAAGAACAGCUUUGGCAUCGAAAACUCGCUCUCCACUUCCUCCGAGGAUCCUCACUCCGGCUGCCCCAGCAGAAGCAGCUCCUCCCUCUCCUUCCACAGCACGCCUCCCCCACUGCCCUUGCUGCAGCAGAGCCCUGCCUCCCUUCCGAUGACGACUGGGGUGCAACAGCCACCGCCAGUGAACGGCUUGGCCAGGGCAAUGGGGACUGUCCACGGGGGAGGCGCCCCUGCCAAUCACAGCCUGGUGGACGGUUUACUUGGGAGCCUGGCGGGAGGGCAGCAGGUACCCAUCAACGGCAUCCUGGGAGGUCUGAAUGGAGCAGUGGCCACCCAGGCCCAGAAUCCCCUCUUGGUGCAAAGCAGUGGGCCCCCAAACCUGCAGCUCUCCAGCAGCCAAAGCAGCAUGGCUAGCACAAGCCAUCUAACUGAGCAGCAGCUCCUCAGCCAGCACGAGCUCCAGCUCCAGCAGUUGCAGCAGCUCCUGACUUCGCAGCCACUCAACCCGGAGCAGCAGGCUUUGGUAUUCCAGAUGAUUCAACAGAUUCAGCAGAAGAGGGAGCUGCAGCGGCUCCAGAUGGCCAGCUCCUCCCAGUUGUCCAUGACUGGCCUUGGGCCAGCUACCUCCACAUCCCUCCUUCACUCCAAUGCCCCUGCAGCUUCAGUUGCCAACAGUAACCUCCUGGCCUCCAUUUCCCCUCAGCAGCUUAAUCCAGCCAGUUCCUUGAUGGCUUCCCCAUCACUCAGCACCAGUGGGAACAGCCUGAUGUCAGCUGCAGCAGGGGUAACUAUCCCACCUGUCCUCACCGCACAAACCAACCCUUUCCUCAACCUGCAAGGUGACAACAGCAGCCAGAAGGGAAUGGGCAUGAACGAAAAGGGAGGUGCCCCAGUUCAGGACAAAGGUUAACUUGGGUGAUACCAGGCUGCUCUCUGCUAUAGGAAAGCAAUCUGUGCCUGAGCCACGGAUCCCGAGACGUAGAGCAACCACAUGCAAGACUUCAGAGGAAGUCUUCCUGCCAUGGGCAGAGCAGUGCCAAGCAAAGGUGCACCAGGAGUCUACGUUCCUCGGUUCUGAGCCCGUCGUAAUGAACCCUUCCAAAGGAGGCAGGUUGAGCGCAUAACACCCAGCUCCCUUGUCAGCUGUGUCUGCGAUGCCGCACUUAUUUCACAAGAAGUUGCACUCCCAAGGAGAAACGGUAAAGCAGUCUGCUGAUCAGAUACCUGAAGACACCCCCCUCGAGGGUAGGAUCAGCUAAUCGGACUGUGGCCACCUGGUCCUGGAAGGAAUGCUAUCUUUGCAGAGCAGGGCAUUUUCCAAACCAGGGAUAAGGAAUCCAGCAAGGCGCAAGGCAGCGGAAAGGUCCAGCUGCGGCAACAGGGUGGAGCUUUUGAGGUCUCUGAUGCACAAGAGGGUGAGAUUCGGAAGGCGUUACUUGGAAACCCCACGCAGGAAUCCUGUAGUGAGAGAGCCUGGAGGUCUUCAGAAGUGCACACGGAUGAGCCUUUCUUAGCGUUUCUGCUGGGAGAAAAAGCCACUCUGUUCUCCCAAAGCCAGGGGUCUUAAACACUGACCUGAAGGAAACAACCCCUCGCUUCCAUACUUGAGUAUGACCCUUCUCUUCCAUACCUUCAGGAGGCUUUGUUAGGUGCCCUGCAGUUAACAAGGCCAUUGCAAGCAAUCACCGCUCACCAUCAAGGUGCUUUCCACCCUCUCCAGAAAAGGACCUUUUCCUACUCGGUCAGACCAGCCACCCAAAGCCAACAGCAAAGAGGCAGGGUGGAGACUUCAUCUAAGGGCAGGAGCUGUUCCUUCCACCUCCAAAGCAGCUCCGUUCUGGUGAAGAACAUCUUCCAGCCCAGUCAAAAGCUCUAAGCUAAAUCAGGUCCUAGCUGACAAGAGCAUUGGUCUUCCCACCAGUGUGAGCCCUCGCCCAUCUCCAGGGAGUCAGCUCCAUUCUCCUUUAAGCAUUUUUAAAGGAUGUUGCGAUGAGGGGAAAUGGGGAUCCAAGUCAGAUAUCCUGAGGAAUCCCACCCAGACUUGCCUCCAUGGCACAUCCCAGCCAUCUCUUCCAAUUUGCACUAUUUUCAAAUGGUGCUGGGCAUGUGAUGAUGACCACAGGAAUGGCCACUGCUGUUCAAAUUCAUCUCCCCCCUCCCCUGUGUGUUUUUUGCUUUUGUUUCUUCUUUUUCUUUCCCCCCUUUUUGAAAAAUACCUGCCCCACAGAUGAGUUGGGUGCUUGAAGUAAGGGGGCGGGGCGGGGAGAGAAAUCACAGCAUCUUUUCAAGAUUUCAUCCUUUGGUUUGUUUUGUUUCACGUAAACAGAUGUACCUGGCUCCACAUUUUGUGUGUGUGUGUGAAUGUGCUGUAGGGGUUUGGUGUGUGGGGUUGUUGUUUUUUUUUAAUUUGUUCAACAGAAAACUACUGGAAACUGACAAGAGCAGCAGCUUUUCCACAUGGAAACCAGGCAGCUUCUCAUCAUGGCAGCUUUGGCACUAAUUAAGGAGCAGCUAGAAAAUGGAAUGAUGCUUGACAUUUCCCCCACCCUUUCAGCAGAGCGUUCACAGACAGAAAUACCCAUCAACAUUAUGCACUUACUGCUUGGACAGCAGACUCCUCUUUGAAAGGCAUCCAGGCCAGCACUUCUGCCACAUUCCAGUUCAGAUUUGUCCUUCACUGUCAUUCUGGUGUGGAUCUUCUUGGCUCUUGUUCAACUGCCCAACUGUGGCCUUGGAUCGCUGGUGUUUUUUUGUUUUGUUUUAAAUUGUCUGUUUUUUAAGAAAGCAAUUGCACAGAUCAACUGUUUGAUUCAGAGUUGGAAGUCGGGGAAGGAUCACAUCCAGCCCCUUGCCGCCCCCAUUCCUGUAAACAACUGGUUGGUGUUGUCCUCAGUCUCCUGUUGGGAAUCCGUGGUGCCACCAGGCAGCUGGAUUGGGGAAAGAGAUGCUUAGCCAGCACCUGCAGAGUUCCUCAUCCAGCCACACCAGUGGACUUUUGCCCUUCUAACUGGUUUGCGGUGGUAUAUUCUUCCCAGCCAUACUAACUUUCCUCUUCCUGGAAUUGCAGGUUUGACUUUUUAAAGUUUCCUGCCAAUAAAUGCUGGAUUUGCACAAUUGUUACCCACAUACCCACGGACUCCCAACUAAAUUUGAUUCAAUAUGCAGGGGGGAGGCAGGAGGAAAGUACCCUGAGGUGGGUUCCUGAAGUGGCCACGUGGAACUUCCCCUAAAAGAAGGCAAGUUGAAGAAGCACACAGGUGAAAAUAGGCAGAUGGGAAAGGGCAAGUUCACAAUUGGGAAUGGUUUGGAGAAGGGGACUCUGUAAGCAGAGGAGGGAAGGGCCAGGGCAUUGGCUGGGCAGGAAGGCAGCACAAGGCUUUGUGCAUAACGGUUGGGAGAGAGAGACCUGUACCUCUCUAGUGAUGGCACAAAUACACAACAGUACAAGAAAAAAACAUGGUUCCCAACCCCUGGUUCCACUCCUAACAGUGAGGGAGGUGGGGCAUAUGCAAAAACAACCAAGCAGAAACAUGAGCUUUUUUCUCUUUAGUGCUUUUCUCCCAGUAGGGCUCUGAGGCCAGAAGAAGCCCGACUGCAGAGAAAAUCAGUGGUGUGUGUGUGUGUGUGUGUGUGUGUAGCAUAACAUAUGAAUGGAUGAGUUGGCAGGCAUGAGAAGGCUUAAGCAGCCCUCUCCUGCUUGUCCACCCUACCCUGAAUAUGCCUCCGCCACCUACCCCUGCAUUUGUGUUAACUAGCAGGCACAUGCUUGGGAAAUGCGUGCCAGCAGACUGGCUGGAGACUGACCCAUUUCAUGGUAGGUAGAUUUGGGGUUCACACAUCAUCACACGCGUGUGCAGUGGGGGAGAGAAUCCCACAAACCUUCAAGGGUUGCGUUCUGAAAUCUCACCCUCCACUAUCUCCUUGCUGCCCACUAGCGGUUUUGUGGGGAUAUAUUUGUCCUCAAAAUCCAGUCCCAGCCCUGUCUGGUCUCCUUGACUAGGGGAAUGCUAUGUGCUAUGUGCCCAGUCCAACCCACCAGGCAUGCUUUGUGGCUUCAAAGACUCACCUAGAAGUAAGGAAGUGUGGGGGAUUUUAUCAAGUCUUAGGCGGGCUGCCAUUCAUCUGGAAUAAUGCCCUAAAAACAAUUAUGCUCUGGAUUGCAUCUGAAAGGAGCUAGUGAGUGGAAAGAUGGUUUGGGCAGCUGGCAUUCAGUUUAGGAUGCUGCGGUGAGCAGUAGUAGUGAGCUUGUCCAGGCAGGCAAAAGUUUUAUCUAAAGAGAGGUCAAUGCAGGAAAUUUUGUGGGGAAGGAGGACAUGCACUCAAGUAUGCCAGUUCUGUCCAUUAGGCCACCACAAAUCAUGCAGCCUCCCUCCCGAGUCCCAAAGAAAAGAACUGGCAAUAGCAUGUUCAGGUCAAACAGCAAUGCCUGAAUGAUGCACACAACUCUGUGCAAAUGUAGCAGCUUGCUUACUGGUGCUACUUAUCCUAGGAUGCUCCUGUGAGCUAAGAGAUGGUGAAGGGUGUACUUAGGGUGUAUAUUCCACACAUCUAUGAUCUGGCAAAAAGUUGUGGCAGUCUUUAAAAAUUUAGGGCAUUUUUCUUUAAGUCACUAAGCAGAUGGUAGAUCAGAUGAACUUAAAUAUGGAGGAGAGGCAGAGAGCUCACCUGAAACAGAGGGAAAUGCAAGGUGAGUUAUUCAAUCAGAGUUUAAUUUGUUGUUCAAUGGGUCUGCCAAAAGAGUUAGAACAGGGGUGUGGAGGAGUUGGGCCGCCCACUUUGUGGGGGGAAACACCAUCUUGACUCCUCAUUUUAAAGUCCAUCUGCUCUCAGCCCUGGUUGUGAAAAAAUACUUUCCAGUUUUCUCAUCUUGCAUAAUCUAUUGAAGUUGCAGGGUCAUGCUGGCCAGACUCUUUUUAUCUAGGGAAAUCACCCAUCUUGGAAGUGUGGUUAGAUCUGGAAAUCUGACUGGAAAAAAGCUUACUGGCUUCACCAAACGUUUGGAUCGGAAUAGAUCUCAAGCUAAAAUUUAGACAGUCAGUAGAGAGAGAAUGUGUAGGUGCAAGAGGCUUGGGGGAUAUGGGAGGAAGCACUUAUUUCUGGAAUCAUCCAAAUGCACCUGCUCUCUUUUAAAAAUGGCAGCUAUCACCUCCACCCUGUCUGUUUCAGCCACAAUGUUUCCUCCUACAAAACUUACCAGUUUGGGACAUGACUUUCUAUCAAGAGUUAUGAAGGCAUUCUGACAGUGGUUGGAGAACACAGCCAUCGUGGUAGUCAUUGAAAGCCUCAUCUUCCAUAAGUUUCCCUAGUCCUCCUUUAAAGUCAUCCAAGUUGGUGGCUCUCAGUCCAUCUUAUCACAGAUCUCCAGCGUUUCGUGUAGUUUGGCAGUUUGUUAGGUUUGGCUGUGAAGAAUAAAAAAUGCUUCAGCCUUUCCUCAGAGGGAAGGUGCUCCUGCAGCCGAUCAGUUGUCCUUACUGCACCUUUUCCAGCCAAAGCACCUGUCCAACAAACUUGGGAGUUCAGGAACAGUGUCCCAGGAAUGAAACUGACUUGAAAUCCCAUUGGGGUUUUUAAAGCAGAGGUUGGGUGGCUACCUGUUAUGUAUGAUUUAAUUGAAAUUCCUGCUUUGCAAGGAGUUGGACUAGAUGACCCUCAGGGUCCCUUCCAACUCUACAAUUCUGUGACUCCAUGAUUCUAACACAGGCAUUGAGGUCAACGCAAAAAAAUUGUAUGUAAGGCAGACUAGUUGUGGUGCUUUGAAAAAGCACUGGGGCAAGAGCACUGGAGUCUCUUCCUUGGCAGGAAGAGGACAAAAAAAUUGGAGGAGGAAAAGGAGUAAUCUCCACAUUUGGUUGCACUGGGGUAUAUUUCUUUAUACCCAUCUUUUGAUGCUAAUGUCUCGUUUUAGUACCUUGCCUGUGCCUAACACCCCUCCCCUCCUUGGUAGUUGUUAUUUUUAAUUAAAGAGGAAAAGAUGUAUAUAUAUAUUUUGGCAAUUAAGGUAAUGUAGCUAAGAUAUAUUUUUUUCAUACUGCUUCACUGUUCUUUAUUAUAAUAAUUAAUAAUAAUUAAUAUCAAAGACUUUAAGAAACUAAAACAAUUGGGGCUUUCCCCCUUCAAAUUUAACUAAGCAUAGAGUGAUAUCAUGGGUGGGAAAUUUUCUCCUUCCCCUCUCCCCACACUGGGUGUCCUUCAAAUGUUCUUGGAACACAACUCCCAUCAUUUCCUGACUGUUGGCCACGUUGCUGGGGAAGAUGGGAGUUGGAGACAAACAACAUCUGGAGGGGACACAGGGCAGCCCCCCCCCCCAUUUUAAUGCAAGCACUGAUCAAGGCGUUGGGUUUCGCCAGCCAGGCCAGAAUGGCCCGUGUGAGAAAACGUCAGCAGAAUGUGCGCUUAGAGAAGAAAGGGAAUACUGUAAUGGGAACGAGCAUUUCCGGAGUUCCUCAAUAGAGGGCAGUGUGCUAAAGCAGGAGUGGAAUAUCUGUGGGCCUCCAGGUGUUGCGACUGGGGCUCUCGGAGCUUGGCAACAUCUGGCGAGCCACAGGUUGCCUUUUCUUGCGUUGAGCCGUGGAAAGCAGAAGUGACGUUUUUAAAUAAAUAAAUAAAUAAUGACCAAAAGUUAUUCCAGUGCAUUUUGAGCUGGCAAGGCUUUUCACGAGGGAACUAUAAAUUUACUUUAUAUUUUUUAAAAGGUCCUCCAUAUAAGCAGUCCUUUUUAAAAUAACCCACUUGUAUUUCUUUUCUGCAAGCAGAUACAAUCUUCCAGGUGGAAAGGCGCAUUUACAACUUUAAAACUAUGUACACCUCUGUGAAGUUUAAAAUUAAAGGCUGUACCCAUUGCUAACCAAAGAAGGAAGAAAAAAAAUCAUUAAGAGAUAAAGAGAUGUUAUAGUUUUGGGGUAUCGGUCAUCCUUGUUUCUAUUCUGUAUAGUUGUGGUGUGCUUCUUGCUAUGUAGACAUUGAGUCCACUUCCAGGAGACAGCCUUUUCUCCCCAGCUAUGGAAUACUCUCCCAGGAGACAUAGGAAGCAAAAAUAGCUGUGUUGUUGGUCCAUAAACUGCCAAAAUCCGCAGUUGGUAAAUGCUUUUAUAAGGCCCAUACUAAAAUGUCACAAAAUAGUAACCCGUUCUCCAGAAUACUUCAUCAGGCAAGAUGUUACCCGAAGCAGGAGGUUCUUCUGAGCUUCCUACUAAGUUAUCUUUCAGGGCCAGGCAAAACCUUUUUAACAAUUGGGAGUUCCUAUUUAAAUUGCUUCUAUGCUGCUUCUAUAACGCUGUUGUCUGUUUAUUCAUUCCGAUGGUGCUGUACUUUUAUUGAUUGUAUUCUGUUGUAUUUAUGUGGUGUCACACUGCCCUGAUACAAGGAGGUGGGGGAGGUCUUCUGGGCGGGCAGGAUAUAAAUUCUUCUACAAAUAAAUAAUUUCCAGCCUUGCCAACUGGAAAUGGUAGAUGACUUUUGGAUCACUUUUUAAAAUAAAAGAUUCUUUUUCAAUACACCUUU